AUGCAGAAUUUCGAAGAAUUACGUCUACAAACUGAUCAGGCCAUUCCUCUGAACUCUACGAGUAAAACAGAUAUUGACAAAACCUUGAUAACGCUUGUGAAAAAAAUGUACCCUAUUUGGGAUAGGACCUGUAACAAUUACCCCAAUAAGCAGCUCAAGAAUCAGCUAUGGGAGAACAUUGGUACACAGCUCAACUUGGACAAAAACGCUUGUAUGCUCAGAUGGAAAUCUUUGAGGGAAAAAUAUAUAAGGCAGAAAGUGAAAUACCAUCAAGACGGUGAAAAAUGGGAGUUACUGGACGAAUUGAGUUUCUUAGAUCGAGUGAUUCAAUUUAGAAAGAAGCUUUCGGAUCACGACCACAACCCAAAAGACCCCUUUCUGGACAACCUUCAAACCAGCAAACACUUCCCAACGUACCCGAAACACUCAGACACUUCGCACUUUCCUCAAGAAACCGACAGCAGUUUUUCACAGCUCCAUUACAGCUACGAAACGGCAGACGACAGUUCCAUGAACGAUUCCUCAAAUGACUAUAUGGUACAAGUGAAAAGCGAAAACACCACGAUUGAGGUGCCAGACAGCUCUUUCAGUUCGAAAUCCAGCCCAAGGAAACGCGGUGGCAGUGUGAACAGCGAAGUCUUUUCGGAGAAAAAAUCCAAGACCGAGGUGCCAGGAAGGAGUGCUAGCCCUAGGAGCCCCGAAGAACUGUUUGGGGAAUUAGUGGGGGCCAUGUUGAGCAGGAAACCCGAGUGUGAUAGGAACAGAUAUAUGAUAGAGAUCAUGACAGUAUUAUCAAAAUAA